UCCUAUAUAAAGCUUGAAUGGUGAAGAUGUUCCCAGCAAUUCACUCUCACCUUUCUCACUAGCGCGUGCACAUAAGUUGUUCGGAUUCUCGCGAGAAGAGGAGGUGCAUGUAGUCUAAAGAAGCUGCGCUUCACUCAAUAAUCACCUUCAAUUCACAAGUCCACAAUGAAAUUUAUUGUGGGGAUUCUAAUUGUGAUAUUUAGUUUAACAGCUGCUACAAACAAUAAUCAUGGCUUGUUCACUAGCUCAAAUGAAGUUCAAUCUAGAAAUAUACGAGCUACUUCAGAUUCAGCGGCUGAUAUAAUGGCAAGAAAUAUUUUGGAGUGGAUUCAAAAUAUAUACCAGACGCAAAGUGUUAGAAAAGCGCGUCAACAGUCAGAUAAUGCCUAUUUACCACCUUAUAGUACGCAAAGGCCGCCGGAAAAGCCGCGACCUUUUCAACCUGCGACGUCGCAAGAACCACCGUACUCAGCCGGUGGCCAAUACACGCCAUCAAACAAUGGAUACUCUUCCUCCCCAGUUUCCACUUCAAGGCCUUCGUACACGCCGAAUGUGCAAACUAGCUUCUCUUCAACUAAUGGCUAUCCGUACACUCCACGUCCAUCACCGCCAUUCUCAGACUCAAACGGAUAUCCGGCAACAUCCACAACUUAUCUUCCACCAGCAAAUGGAGGAUAUCCAUCGGGAGAGCCAAGGCCAAUGCCUGGUUUCCCAUCGCCACAACCCGGUCGGCCUGGACCAGGACCCAGACCACAACCAGGACCUGAUCCAGGACCAGAACCACAGCCUGGACCUGGUCCAGCACCAGGACCGCAACCAGGGCCGGGACCCAGACCUCAACCAGGACCUGGUCCAGCACCAGGGCCUGAACCCAGACCUCAACCAGGACCUGGUCCAGCACCAGGGCCUGGACCUAGACCACAACCUGGACCAGCACCUGGACCAGGGCCGGAACCCAGACCGCAACCAGGACCUGGUCCAGCACCAGGACCUAGACCUCAACCAGGACCUGGUCCAGGACCUAGACCACAACCUGGACCUGGUCCAGCACCAGGACCGGGACCUGAACCUCAACCAGGACCAAGGCCUCAACCUGGACCAGGACCUGCUCCCAGACCGGGACCUGGUAUUGACAUUUCUCCAGGAGGAGGUAAUACAGGACCAGGUGUCCCACCAGAUGAUGAUUUAAAUCAUCCACCACACAUUCAUGCUCUUGAUGUCCAAUGCAGCAAAAGUAUGAUGACUAUAAAUAUUGAAUUCAAUCGAGCUUACGAUGGAAUAAUUUAUUCAAAGGGAUUUUACAUGAUGCCCAAUUGUCGAUACGUGGAAGCAAAUUCCAAAAAUACAAAAUAUUCCUUCACGGUAAAUCUUGAUUCUUGUGGAACGCAGUUUAUUAAUGACUUUGAAGGGGAAGCUGGUCAGGCUUAUUUAGAAAAUGUCCUUGUAUUACAGAACGAGGCGGGAAUUCAAGAAGUAUGGGACACAGUUCGAAGAGUCCGUUGUUUAUGGGAAGGAAAUAUCAAUAAAGCUCUCACUGUGAGUCUCUCAGUUGAUAUGUUGAAUCAAGAAAUUGUAACAUUCAGUGGCGACACUGCUUCAGCCAAAUUGGAUAUUCAAAUUGGAAAAGGUCCAUUUGCUCCGGCUGCAAAUGGUCUUGUGAAAAUUGGAGAAGUCAUGACUUUAGUUAUUUCUGUUGAAGGUGAUCCCGAUUUCGACCUACAGGUACGAGAUUGUGUGGCGCGCGACGAUACAUCUACAAAUCUUGUUCAACUUACGGAUGAAAGGGGUUGUAUUUUGAAACCGAAAAUCUUUGGAGCUUUUCAAAAGACAAAAGAUACAGGAAAUACGGGAGCAUCUAUAAUUGCCUAUGCAUUUUUCCAAGCUUUCAAAUUUCCAGAUGUAAUGGAUCUAUUCAUCGAAUGUAACGUUGAACUUUGUAAAACUAACUGUGACGCAUGUCCGGAACCAAAUCAGCAAAUUGAUCCCGGAAGACGUCGUCGUUCCAUUACUUCUCCACUAAACUCAACAAUAAGUCUGGCACCAAGUGGCGUGAGAGUCGGUCGUGGAUUCAGAGUUGUCAUGCCAGAAGAUUUAAGUCCAAUGGCAAAUCAAGCAUUAGAGAAUGUCGAUGAAGAAAUAGUGCAGGAAAUUGCUUCGUCUAAUAAUGUUUGUUUAAGUAAUAGUGGAUUUUACGUUGCAUUUUCAAUGAUGUUUACCGCCGUAGUUUCCAGCACAAUAAGUGCUGUCAUUUUGUACUCAAAGUUACAAAAUGUUUACAAAACAAAAGCAUAUUCAAUGGGAUCUUAAGACUUCAAACUGAGAGCAAAAGAUUUUAAAAGCGAAUUCCUUUUAAUAAACUGACGUUUAUUUAUCAAAGAAAUAUAUUUUUCAAUUCUGUGUUCUGAGGAGAAUAAAAAAAGUAGUUUGUUAUAUAUACAUAUAUAUAGCAUAUUUAUAAUGAAAAAGUUUGUCUGGAAUUAAAUAGUGAAGUUAAAUUAGCAAAUAGCUUCAUUUUGUUUGUGUAACAUCAAUAAAGUGUUGUUGCCCAAUUAAAAAAAAAGUCAAUUAAGACUUUGCGAGCAAGUAUACACGAUCUAAAUGCUUGAUUAGAGGACUCACUGCCAUAAUUUUGUAUAUGAGCCGAUCAAUUUAUAAAUCGAUGAGUUUAAAUAACAAACUGAAUUCUUUUGUUUAGAAUAAUUAUUACUUCUUCGCAGAAGCUGUAAAAAAUAUGUCAAUUUCAAUUUAGCGAUUAAACUUAUUUAUAAAGAUUUUAGUGCUUUUCCCUUAGUAUUUUAACAAUUUUUACAACAGUAUUUUUGCCUGUAAGUAUCUGUGUUACAGAUUCAAGUCCCAACUUUUAAUAAAAUAUGUUUAAAGGAAUAAAAUUUCUGUACAAUUUGUA